AACAAUUGCAAUCUUUUUUGAAGAAUUAUAUGCUCCCAUAAAUAAACAAGUCUUGAUCAGAUCAUAUAGUGUAACAAUUCAGCCGAGCUCGGGAACAGAUUUUGAACAUACACCAUAUAUAUAUGCAAUCAUGCUUGGCUCUAAUAUACACAUCAAGUCGGUUGUCGUCGGGCUUCUCAGCACCGCCACAAGGCAAGCGUACGGUGCUGUGGCUCUGUCUCAGGUUAUGGCGCGAUGGGACUUUAACGGUUUUGACAAGUGGGCAGAUACGGACAUUGGUGUCGGAUUCGAUGCCUCAGAUAAGGGUUGUUUUGGCAAUGUGCGACACUCAAAGCUGUGUUCAUCAAACUACCCCGCCAACAACCGGGUCGUGCCAAACCCUGAAGCAGCUGGCGAAAACGUAAUGGAGAUCCUAUACCAGGGUGGUAAAUAUGGCACAGACAAAAACCAUGGCGCAGGUUUCUACACGGAACAACUACAAGGUCAAGAAUCUGAAGCUGCAGUCCUAGAAUACCAAGUGUACUUCCCACGUGGGUUUGAUUUCGUCCUGGGAGGCAAAUUGCCGGGACUAUAUGGUGGAGGCAAAACUUGUAGUGGCUUGCGGCCAGCAGAUGGUGAGAACUGCUUUAGCAGUCGCCUAAUGUGGCGCGAAAACGGCAUGGGCGAGUCAUACAUGUACAUCCCCACACUAGAACAGACCGAUGAUUUCUGCUCCCGAUGCCACAACAUGAAAGAUAAGUGUGAGUCAGAGCAUCCGGUAUGCUCACUCGAGCGAGGCAAAUUCACAUUCCAAACGGGAAGAUGGACCACUGUGCGUCAACAUGUUCAGCUCAACGACGCCGACGAGCAGAACGGCUUGUAUCAGUUAUAUAUUAACGAUAUUUUGAUCUCAGAAGAAAAGAGCAUCAGGUACCGUACUACAAAUGAGCUUACAAUAGGGGGUAUGUUUUUCUCCACAUUCUUUGGCGGAGGCUCCGAAAAGUAUGCUCCCCAGGACGAUCAGAAAGCAUUCUUCAGGGGAUUCAGGCUAUACAACGGUUUUGCAUAA